UGAGUUUGUUGACAUUCUUCGUUCAAGUGCUUCUUGUACUGCAGCUGGGGGCUGUUUACUAUCUUUUAUCUCUUCUCAGACCCGUUGUUGAUUUGUGAUAAGAUUUUUAAGUGGUAUUUUGAGUUGGGUGGAAGAAAGAAAUUUGUUUCUGAUUGAAGAUUUUAUCAGAAUUUCAGCUUAAGUUUUUAUUACAGAUUCAUUAGUUGUGCUAAGAAGUAUGAAGAAAUCCUCCGGUUCUUCGUCAAGUGAACUAAGGGCAGAAGCUCGAGUAAGGGAUCAUGAACUAAAGGUUAUCACAGACAGGAUUGCUCUUGUUGAAAAGCACUUUGCCUUGUUCCAUAAAGACAUGGUUGCCUACUGCGCCUCCCUAGAAGGCUUGCGUGAUAAAAGCACCAAGUUCUCAGCAGCCGUUGAAGCAUAUGCUGAAGAGGAGUUUCCAGCAGUGAGAGGGGGUCUACAAGCAGUGGCAGAGAAUGUUGCUACAGUGCAAGACUAUCUUUCUUCUCAGAUUGACUUCUUAUUGAAUAAGGUUGCCCAGCCGUUGUCUCUGUACACUACUGAUUGCAAGCAUGCCAGGGAUUACAUGAAAGGCACUAUGGUUUCAAGGAAUAAGGAAAUAGCCAAACUGAAAGCCCUCGAUAAAGUUAGGGCUAAGGAUCCCAAUAACAAGAAGAUUCCACAGCUUGAGCAAGAACUACAGAAAUCAGCCGUGGAUGCAAACAGGUCACGUCAAACCAUGAUUGAGCAGAUGACAGCAUUUGAGAAGAAGAAGAUUGAAGACAUAAAGACUAUUUUCGGCAACUAUUUCCACGGUCAAAUGAUGUACCAUGCCAAGGCACUAGAAAUCAACACUCUGGCCUUUCAGAAUUUAAUGAAAAUUGACGAAGAGCAAGACUUGGAGGCGUUUCAGACCGCCCUCCACCCGUCUUCAAUGCCAUCUCGGUUGGACGUUGUCAAGUAUGGCUCCCAAAAUUCCUUACAAAGGUUCGGUUCACAAGGAUCACUAGAAGGUUCUCAGCUGUCACUAAACAGAACCAAUCAAAGCUUUCAAAGUCAAGGGACUUUGAAUGAUACUGGGGGUAGUGGAUACUAAGGUUCAUUUUAAAUUUAUUGUAAUCUGAAAGUUGUGUCUUAUCCUUAUGAAUUUAGUGCAAGCAAGGACAGGUAGCUUUUAGUGGGAUUUUAAAACUUCUGCUAACUCUCUUGCCAACAGUUUCAUUUUUCAACCACAUUCUAUGCUUUUACAACCCAUUAUGCCGAGCACGAUGUCCCAAAUCUAUACUAUGCUAUUUUAUAUGGUCAACGCUUUGUGGCAUAAGCCAUCUAAGUGCUGGCCAAGGGGGUGUUUUUCUAAUACAUAAAAUUUCAGUGUAAUGUUCUUAUAUGUUGUUGGUGUAGAGGAAAGGUAUCGUAUCCAUCAGGGGGUGUGAUAACGACAUUGCAGAGGUGAAUAGGCAACUUGCACUAACAGAUCACGUGACUUCUUGGGUGGCAAACUCGCUCAACACCACCAGCGUGGCAAUGUCUUUACUGAGCAACACUAAUGUCAAUACACAAAGUUUCUUUCUCAGAAAGGGCUUAAUUUUAUUUAAACUUUGUUUUCGUCGUUCUGUGUUUAUUUUGACUUUAAUUUGCCACUCAAAUAAGCAUGUGUUUAUUUAGUGCAAGUCGCAUACUCAUGGACUUCAUAGUCCUAUUUGAAAAAUUGAAGUUCAAGGGUGGUUGCCUACUACCAUGGAGACUGCUUAUUUGGGGAAAAUAAACAAUAACAGAAAUUGGUAGGCAAUCCUUUUUAUCCUGAUAAAUAAAUACCCGCUCUACCGUGGUGGUCACCUUAACAGUUUAUAAAAGUAUGCGAAUAAAGAUGCAAUAAACGUGCUAACUAAUUGAAACUCACUUUUCAACCAUGAACUAGCCAAACGGAAUGCUUCAACAACCAUCAGAACACGUCAGAAGCUACUACUCAGGGUCAGACAAAUUCACUUUUGGGGCAAGCACUCGGUGAAAGGGAAAAAAAUACUGCAAACCAAUAUGAAAACAAUUCCUGCACAAUUUUAAAUACAAAAAAGUAUAACUUUAAAAAAUCACGCCUAUUAAUCUAGAGGGAAAAUCCUGUGCAUGAGGCUUCUUAAUUUUUUUUUUUAUGCCUUUGCAUUAUUUCCACGUGACGUUUAUUGUCGGAUUUGACUAAAUACCAGAGUGAUCUAGCUUAUGCUUUAUCGUUUUGUCUACAAAUAGCAUGUCUAUUGAGAACCGAAAGUGGACCUUCGGCCGUCGUGGGGGGGGGGGGAGGGGGGUGUGCGCCCCCUGCACCCCUCCCCCCUGGGUACUGGCGUGUACAAAGAUCAAGUCAAUCGCAAAUAUUCUCUCGCGUGAUAGUUGGUUAACAUUUAAAUUUUUGUCUUGGUAGCCGUGGUGGCAGGCUUUGCACUUAGAACCUGGCCCAUAAAGCAUACUUUUAUGAUAGUCAGCAGUUAUCACACACAGAAUUUCAAGCAAUUUUAUUUAAUAUUUAUAUAUACUUAAUUCAUCAUUAUUUUUUACUCAUUUUUAAGGUAUUUAUUGAGUGUUUCAACCAAACUUUUUAAGUCAAUGUACUGCCUUGAUUAAACGAAUAAAAAUAAGUAAAAAAUG